GCAACCAGUGAGAUGAACACUGCAGAGGACUGGGGCCUCAUCUUAGACAUCUGUGAUAAAGUUGGGCAGUCACGCACAGGGCCUAAGGACUGUCUCCGUUCUAUUAUGAAGAGAGUGAACCAUAAAGAUCCCCAUGUUGCUAUGCAAGCAUUAACACUUCUAGGAGCAUGUGUAUCAAACUGUGGUAAAAUCUUUCAUUUAGAAGUCUGUUCAAGAGAUUUUGCCAGUGAAGUAAGCAAUGUGUUGAAUAAGGGUCAUCCAAAAGUUUGUGAGAAGCUGAAAGCCCUUAUGGUGGAAUGGACUGAUGAAUUCAAGAAUGACCCACAGCUUAGUUUAAUAUCUGCUAUGAUAAAAAAUCUUAAGGAGCAAGGAGUUACUUUCCCAGCUAUUGGUUCACAGGCUGCUGAACAGGCAAAAGCAAGUCCAGCUCUAGUUGCCAAAGAUCCUGGUACAGUAGCCAACAAAAAGGAAGAGGAGGAUUUAGCUAAAGCUAUUGAACUAUCAUUAAAAGAACAAAGGCAACAGCAAACAACACUUUCCAGUUUGUAUCCGAGCACCUCAAGCCUUUUAACAAAUCACAAACACGAGGGCCGAAAGGUUCGUGCAAUCUAUGAUUUUGAGGCUGCUGAAGACAACGAAUUAACUUUUAAAGCUGGAGAACUUAUAACUAUCCUUGAUGACAGUGAUCCAAAUUGGUGGAAAGGUGAAACUCAUCAGGGUGUAGGAUUGUUUCCAUCUAAUUUUGUAACAGCUGAUCUCUCUGCUGAGCCAGAAAUGAUGAAAGCUGAGAAGAAAACAGUGCAGUUCAGUGAUGAAGUUCAAGUAGAGACAAUAGAACCUGAGCCUGAACCAGUUUAUAUUGAUGAAGAUAAAAUGGAUCAACUGUUGCAGAUGUUGCAAAGUGCAGAUCCAUCUGAUGACCAGCCAGACCUCCCAGAAUUGCUUCAUCUUGAGGCAAUGUGCCACCAGAUGGGACCUCUCAUAGAUGAAAAGUUGGAAGAUAUAGACAGGAAACAUUCAGAACUUUCAGAGCUCAAUGUUAAAGCAAUGGAGGCUCUUUCUUUGUAUAACAAAUUGAUGAAUGAAGACCCGAUGUAUUCCAUGUAUGCAAAACUACAAAACCCACAGUAUUAUAUGCAGUCGUCUGGUGUUUCUGGCUCUCAGGUUUAUCCGGGGCAACCUCAGACUAAUGCGUAUUUGGUGGCUGGGAGUGCACAGAUGGGCCAUAUUCAAGGCUAUAGUCUUCCUCCUGAACAGCUCUCUUCUCUCAGCCAAGGCACAGUUACUCCAUCUGCCAGCUCUGUACCGCCUGGUCAGCCUGCACAGGCGUCUUACACAAAUGCAAUUAUUUCCAGUGUGCUUUUUAUUGGUGUCGUG